UCCAUUUUAUCCGUGCUUAGACAAUAACAGUUUUGAACAUUUUGUUUUUGAUUUAUUUGUGAUUGGAAUUUUUGGUGGUGGCGUUCUCCAGGCAUAAAAGGGAAUGCUUUUGCAGCAUUGUCACAGAAGUCUGUCCCUUUGGAAAUGCAGCCUUUGUGGAGUCAGUUCUACCCAAGCAUUAGCAUGACUGAGAAUCCAUGAAGAGGGUUGCCUCUCUCUCACCUGGGAGCUCGAACUCUCAAGACCUGUAUGUGUGAGACUGUCAUUAGACGCACAUUAUUGGUGGUGUGUCCAGAGAGACUGAGGCUAAACACAGGCUAUACCCCCAGCCGACUCUGAAACCCCGUGACUGAGGGGCAAUGGGGAGUUCAGCAUCUUCUCUUACUGCAGAGACAGAGUCGGAUCACGGGUUCCGCAGCACCCCCUACCCAUCGUCGCCUCCUAUGGGCUGGCUAAGGAACAGCCACAGCAGCCCAGUAUGGGGGACAACUUUCAUCUCCCGGCAGCAGCAGCCGCCUGUCCCACAUCGCGAGCGCAGUCACUCUCACUCCCCGGGCUCCAUGGCGGCGGCGGUGCGGGGCAGCGAGUGGUCGUGCGGCCGCUGCACCUUUCUGAACGCCGGCGCCGCCCCGCGCUGCUCCAUCUGCGAGGCGCCGCGGCAGAAGCCCGACCUCAACCAGAUCCUGCGGCUGAGCAGCACGGAGGAGCAGCGCUGGGCCUGCCCCCGCUGCACCCUCAACAACCCGCAGGGCUCGGGCGCCUGCUCCGUCUGCGGCUUCGGCCCCUCCCCCGGCACCCCCACCGCCAACGGCCUCCUCCCGCCAUCGCCACCGCCGCCGCCGCCGCCCGAGCCCCCCAUCCCCAGCGUCCCCUCGGCCACCUCCCUCGCCGUCCUCCUGGAGCCUCGCGGGCAGCAGCCGCCCAAAGAAGAGCUCCGGAGGUCGGAGAGCAACGGGGAGGCCUGCCCCCUGGACCAGCAGUCGGGCUGGGCCUGCCCGCGCUGCACCCUCCACAACACGCCCGUGGCGCUCUCCUGUUCCGCCUGCGGGGGCCCCCGCAAGCUCUCCCUCCCCAAAAUCCCUCCCGAGGCCUUAGUGGUGCCUGAGGUGCGCACGCCUGUUGUGGGAUUCCCAGUCCACCCCGCUGGGGCCGCCCCGCUCUUAAUUGACUUGACCGAGGACUCGCCCCCUGCCCCCUCAGAACCCCAGGAACCCCCCCGUGCCCCCACGCAGCCCCCAUCCUCCCCUUUCAGCCCCCUGUCAUCCCUCCAGAACAACCCCGUGCCGCGCAGUCGCCGGGAGGUACCGCCCCCGGGCAGGCCCCCCAACCCAGCCCCCAGCCCGACGUCGCCGCCCACGGCGGGCGGGCCCGCCCCCUGCCCGCUGCGCCCACCCAAGCCCAAGCACUCGCAGCCGCAGCCCCAGGAACCCUUCCCGAACAAGCGUCUCAGCAUCCUGGAGGAAGAGGACGGCCUCCACCCCGCCCCCGUCACUCCGCCCCCCUCCUGGAAGUGCCCCGGCUGCUCCCUGCCCACCCUGGGCGGCUCCUCCAAAUGUGAGUCGUGCCGCUCGUCCCGGGGCGACCUCAUCGACCUGGUGGGCGAGUCGGUGCGCUUCACCCCGGCCAGCCCCUCCAGCCCGGACUUCAGCACCUGGGCGUGCUCCAAGUGCACCCUGCGCAACCCCACCGGCGCCCCCAAGUGCAGCGCCUGCGGCUCCUCCAAGCUGCACGGCUUCCAGGACCAGCCACCCCGCUGCCCGCACUGCAGCGCCCCCGGGUGCUGCGCCUGCGCCGCCGCCGGCUUCUCCGUCAAGGGGAGCGCCCGCAAGCAGGCCCGGGUCUUCCUGUCCCCCUCCGCCCCGUCCCUGGGCGGCCCCGAGAGAGCGGGCCAGUGGGCGUGCCCGGCCUGCACCCUGCUGAACGACGUCAAGGCCAAGCACUGCGCCGCCUGCCACACGCCGCAGCAAUACUUCACCCUGCGCAAGGGCGCCAAGCCGCUCAAGAGGCGCGAGAGCAUGCACGUGGAGGCCCGCCGCCGCACCGACGAGGGCGAGGCAAAGGAGCUGUGGGAGAACAUCGUCAGCUUCUGCAGGGAGAACGCGGUGAACUUUGUGGACGACAGCUUCCCGCCCGGCCCUCGAUCAGUGGGCUUCCCGGAGGGCGACAGCGUGCAGCAGCGCGUCAAGAAGUGGCUCCGGCCCCACGAGAUCAACUGCAACAACUUCAAGGACCGCGGAGUCAAGUGGUCCGUCUUCCGCACCCCGCGGCCCUCCGACAUCCUGCAAGGCCUGCUGGGAAACUGCUGGUUCCUCAGCGCCCUGGCGGUGCUGGCGGAGCGCCCCGAGCUGGUGGAGAGGGUGAUGAUCACGCGCACCAUCUGCCAGGAGGGGGCGUACCAGGUGCGGCUCUGCAAGGAUGGCACCUGGAUCACCGUGCUGGUGGACGACAUGCUGCCCUGCGACGAGUACGGGUACCUGCUCUUCUCCCAGGCGCAGAGGAAGCAGCUGUGGGUGGCCUUAAUUGAGAAGGCGCUGGCCAAGCUGCACGGCUCCUACUUCGCCCUGCAGGCAGGCCGCGCCAUCGAGGGCCUAGCCACGCUCACCGGCGCCCCCUGCGACUCGCUCAUGCUGCAGGUCAGCUCCACCAACCCCCGCGAGGAGCCCAUCGACACCGACCUCAUCUGGGCCAAGAUGCUCAGCUCCAAGGAGGCCGGAUUCUUGAUGGGAGCUUCCUGUGGAGGGGGCAACAUGAAGGUGGAUGACAUGGCGUACGAGGCCCUGGGUCUGCGCCCCCGCCACGCCUACUCCAUCCUGGAUGUACGGGACGUGCAGGGCUACAGACUGCUGCGGCUGCGGAACCCCUGGGGGCGCUUCUCCUGGAACGGCAGCUGGUCGGACGAGUGGCCCGACUGGCCCCAGCACCUGCGGCACGAGCUGAUGGCCCACGGCAGCAGCGAGGGCGUCUUCUGGAUGGAGUACGGGGACUUCAUCAAGUACUUUGAUUCUGUGGACAUCUGCAAGAUCCACUCGGACUGGCAAGAGGUGCGUCUGCAGGGCUCCUUCCCGAGCCGGGCCAGCGGCCCCGUGACGGUGACGGCACUGACGGUGCUGGAGAGGACGGCGCUAGAGUUCGCCCUCUUCCAGGAGGGCAGCAGGCGCUCCGACACGGCUGAUAGCCACCUUCUGGAUCUGUGCAUCAUGGUGUUCCGGGCGUCCUUCGGCAGCGGGAACAAGCUGACGCUGGGCCGGCUGCUGUCCCACAGCAAGCGUGCCGUCAAGAAGUUUGUGGGCUGCGACGUGAUGCUGGAGCCGGGGGAGUACGCCGUGGUGUGCUGCGCCUUCAACCACUGGCAGAUGAACGUGUCUGGAGGACCCCUCACCCCUGUGUCCAGUCCCACCAGCAGUGGGCGCCCCAGCCAGGACUUCCCCGGGUACAUCCUGGCAAUCUACAGCUCCCGGCAGGUGAUGGUGGAGCAGGUGGAGGCCACGGCAACCACCUUGGCUGACGCCAUCAUCCUGCUGACAGAGAACAAGGGCGAGCGACACGAGGGCCGCGAGGGAAUGACGUGUUACUACCUGACGCACGGGUGGGCGGGGCUCAUCGUAGUGGUGGAGAACCGCCACCCCAAGUACUACCUCCACGUGUCGUGCGACUGCACGGACAGCUUCAACGUGGUGUCCACGCGGGGCAGCCUGAAGACCAUCGACAGUGUCCCACCCUUGCACAGGCAGGUGCUGGUGGUGCUGUCCCAGCUGGAGGGCAAUGCCGGCUUCUCCAUCACCCACCGGCUGGCGCACCGCAAGGCAGCGCAGGCCUCGCUGGGGGACUGGACGCCCACCAAGGCCACCCACAGCCCCUCGCUCACGCCCGACACCGACGGGCUGCACCGGCCACGGCCUCUAUGACGACGGCCUUCCCCCCGCGGGAGGAGGAGGAGGAGCGCGGACGCGCCCGCUCGGCCCUCCCCCCCGUGGUGCUGCGGGAGGGCCCUGUGCCUGAGAGACUACGUGGAGAAGAGGGGAGGAAACGGCGGCACUGCUGGAACUCCUCUUUAGGUUUUUAAAUAAAUUUGCCCUGCCAAAUAUUUUUGGUUCCUGUUGCACUUGUGCUGUUUCUGACCUGCUGAGAGCUGCGUUCUGGUCGGAGGCCUACGCCUCUGGGCAGAGGCAGGUUAAAAGAUUGAUGAAGCGGAUUGGGCCUCUCGGGCCGGCACCCUGAUGGAAACCGGGGGCUAGGGGUACGGUAUCUGACCCUCCCGGCUGUGGGAGAGUCCCAUCCCAUCACAGCCUGCCAUGCUGGAAGCAGAAGGAGCCCCCGCUGACCGUGCUGAACCUACUGAGCCAAUCCUCCCCUAGUGCUGCAGCUGUGGCCCCGGACAGACACACCCACGCGGCCCUGCGAGAGGGAGGGGGCGGGACUCGCCACCAGCCUCUGCCAGCCUACUGCACCUCCGGAGCUGCAUGUCGCCAGGCGGGAGUUUCCGCCUGCGGGGAUGGGGGUCCACCAUAGGUCUGUCCCUCACGGUACUUGGAGCCAAACCAGCGUGAUCACGGACUUGUGACUGUCGUUGUGUUUUUUGGUCGGACAUGUUGUCAUUGUCGUUUUUUUACAACCACUUUUGCUGUUCAUGUGUUUGCGUUUCUGUUGAAAUCAUGAGGUACUCCUCUCCCAGGGUCCUUUUCCUCAGGUUCACCAGCUUCCCUGCAUUGCACAUCCCUGCUGUAAGCCCCCCAACCCACUCGUAUUUUGUCCCUUAUAUGUGCCAGUGACACGUGACCUGCACUGCAGACAUAGUGGUGACCCUGCCGAAUUUGUACGCACAAGUGUUUCUGGAGCCGAUUGUGGGAUUUUGCACUUGGUGUUGCGGUACACACAGUACAAUGGUACGACACAGAGGUAUGCCUCUCCGGCCUGCGUAGACGCUGUUCGCUGCUCCUCUGUUCGCUGAAGUUUUCCUGGUUUGUCUCCUCGCUUCUCUUUCUGCAGCGUAAUCACCGAGUGACAGUUAAUGUCCUGAGAAGCCACUCACCUGCUGCUUGCAUCAGAUGUCGCUGAGUGAGUCUGUGACAGCUGCUGUCGUCUCUGCUGCAGGGGCCCUUCCUGCCGAGCCGUUUCUCAAUUGCUACGAGAUGAUUGCAAGUCAGGCUUUCGAAUUUAGGCUGUCAGAUAAGUGCAGAAAGCUAAAUAGAAGGAGAGAAAAGAUAAAUUUUGAAAAUCCUGACACGUCCGCCAGGAGCAGGUGAAAUCUCCCAGCUCGAGUCUUUUCAUUUUAAUCUGCUCUUACAGUAAGAGGGCCUCAUUUCUGAAGGUUCUUUUGAAGUGAAUGUAUUACCAUGACACAAAAGCCCCUCCCCUCCCCUCCCCCAGCAUUUUUCCUUCACAAACCAAGCCAUGGAGUCGAUUUGUGUGUUACGGUGUCUUCUGGCAGCUCCCGUAAAUGAAUCCCAUGCCGGUGAGAGAACAAUGAGAGUACUUGAAGUGUUGACAAGUCUUUGUCUUGUGUGUGUUUUUCGCUGCUCUUUUACUUUACCCCAAGGGCCGUAAGCAGUUGUUACUGCAAGGAAUCGGAUUCCAUCAGUCAGCCCUCCUUCCCCCCUGAGACUCUGAGGGUACUCCUACCACCCCCCCCCCCCAGUCAGCAGGAGGAACAGGAAGGCAAGCCGCCGAGCCGUCAGCCUGGAAACCACCGCUCUUAUCAUGGUUAUCGAUGUCUCCAAGGCUCCCUCGCGCCAUCGCACAGAUCCUCAGACAUGAAGGAACAGCAGGCGUUUUCACGAGGAUCCGGCGCCGGGGGUUUGCUUGUUUCUGAGGUGUGAGGAUUGCGCUGCCGUAGAGCUGUCACACAGGACCCUGAGGGGCACCUGAUGGGCCCUGAGGGGCACCUGUUCGGCCCUGCACUCACUCCAGCCGCCAUUGGCUUGCUGGACCUCAUCACCCAUCAGGAUUCUGAUCCUGGUCACGGUCUGCACUCCGAUUCCAACAGUGACAGAUGAUGUGCCCGGCCUUUCUGAGCUUUAAGAGGGCACGAAUGCACAGAGGAAUCGAGGGGUUGUGCGAUUACGCAGGCGAGAAAAUGAGAUUCAGGUUGAGACUGAAUGAGACUGCAGGUUUUUGCAGUCAAAGGACAUGGAGAGGGUGUGAUGCCCGCUCACAGCGCAGCUCACGGGACGAGAGGCCGUGUUUUCACAGCUGUGCAGGGCGGCUCCCUCCCCCCUCCCCCUCACCCCCCUCAGCCCGCAGGUGCCUGCUGCCCACAUGCAGCAAAGCAAGGGCAAUAGAAGAGCCACCCUGCCUAGGCGUCUCAGCAGCCUUUUCAUUCAAGCGCCAAUGCGUUUCGCUCGGGGCAGACAACUGCAAACUGCAGUGGCCAGAGCUUUCUCGGCUCUGACGCAAAUAGCACGUGCAAUCCCUUGGAGACAGAUUGAUGUUUGGAAUUGUCAGCACUCCCCAAGCAGUAUGUAACGCUGUCUAGAUUGGGUGAGAGCAGUGGAGCACUCUGGAGCCUGGUUUUCCGUUCAGUUGGUAAUAAGAGGAAUACACUGGCAGGAAUUGGUAGGAGAACAUAAGCUAAUACUCUUUAUCAUGAAUAAUAUGUGCUCAUGCUGAGAGCACAAUGUAUCGGUAAGACAGUUGUUGGGAAGGUGAUGGUUAUGGUCAUGAAGGCGGGGUGAAUCUCUGUAUCAUGUUGCUAGUGGCGCUUUCACAUGCUGGAUUAGCGAAUCUGAAAAGUGUGGAAUUGUGGGUGUUCAGUCUCUUAGAAAACUAGACCCACUCCACAUGCUCCGGUUAGGACAGCGGGCAUUCAUUCAGUUGGUACAAAAAACUCGAAAGCUGGAUGUAAAGUGCAAAGUAUGUGGGAGGCACAAAACCACGAUUCCCUUUUUCAAGUCCUGUUCAAUUUAUUUUCAUAUAGACUUGACCUUGAGUGCAGGUCUGUUGGAAGGCAGUUGGCCACAAAAAAUGAUUCAAUUGAUUUUUUUUAAAAGUUGUUCCAAGCUGAAAUUCCUGAGGCUCUACUUAAACUUGAAUGAAUGACCUUGGUCAUUGUGCUGUUUCUGUCUCUGCUUUCAAGCAAAUUAUGGUUCAGUCCCUGUGGAAUGUGCUGCUUUGUGACUCCCGUUGUCUGUUAUUUAUUUAAACUGUAUAGUCUGAAUACAAGAGAAGAGCACAAAAGUUUGCUGUUUUAAGCUUUUUGUAGGUUAAAGGCUGUAUAAAGAGGUGAUUCGGAGUGUGUGGGAUGUCUGCGUUAGCAAAACUAAUACGUUUGACUAGGAGGGAAUCUGCACUGGGAGACCUGGGGAAUCAAGUCUUGACAAGAUAACAACACAGUCUGUGUUGAGCACUGUGAUUGUACUUUUCUUUCUGAAACCUGUUGUCUUUAUUUCCCUUCUUGUGUCACUUUUUUUUGUCCUUGUCUUGUGAAUCAUCUCUUAAGUAAAGAAGCCUGAGAACUGUCCCUGUGUCGGAAGGAGUGGUGCCCUCUGAUGUUCAGGAGAGGGUCUGGCUGGAGGUGUGGUGACUGUGCCUCACUGUAUGACCGCUGAUAUCAGCCUCCUUUCCUCUACUUGUAAAUUGUACAGAUACCCACGCUUAACCUUUGCCAAGCUGUGAAUAGUUUUAUCCUGUAAAAAAAAGAGAAAAAAAA